AGGUGACUAGCGGCGAAACGUAUGUUUGCCGAGCAAAAACAGAGCGGUGGUGAGGAAAGUGGCACUGUCAAAUCAUCGGCUGACUGCAUGUUAAAAAAGACUAGCUAAUUCCAGAUUGCGUUUUACAGCGGAAUGUUCACUCGAAGGGGCCAUGGAGACGUCAAGAAAUCUACACAGAAAGUUCUGGACCCAAAGAAGGAUGUAUUGACCCGACUGAAGCACCUCCGGUCACUGUUAGAUAUCUUUGAGAAGAGUGAAUUGAAGACCUUCUUCGAAAGCAACUGUUCUCAGAUUUAUUUUAUCUUCUAUGAAAAUUUCAUUACACUGGAAAGUAACUUAAAGCAAAAAGGGAACAAAUCUCAGAGGGAGGAGCUGGACUCUAUCCUCUUUAUUUUUGAAAAAAUUCUGCAACUUCUACCAGAAAAAAUCUACAGUCGAUGGCAGUUCCACAGUAUAGGUUCUAUUCUGAAAAAGCUUUUGCACACUGGAAACUCAUUCAAGAUCAGAUGUGAGGGAAUUCGUCUGUUCCUGCUGUGGCUGCAGGCCCUGCAGAAUAACUGUGCAGAGGAGCAGUUCCUCAUCUUUGCCUGCCUGGUGCCAGGCUUCCCUGCCGUGCCCUCCACCAGAGGACCCUGCACCCUGGAUACCAUCAUCUACAACCCUUUCUCCAACCCACCCGAUGCCAAGGUGGUGCCUGAGGAGAUCACCCCACUGGUGCCAGCUGUGCCAGGGGAGAAGCUGGCAGACGACCAGACCUGCUACAUCCUCCAAACCCUGCUUAAGUUCAUGGUUGUCCAGGCGUCUAGUUUAGAGUGGAGGAACAAAGACAACCAGGACACCGGCUUCAGGUUUCUCUUCAGUCUGUUCAAGAAGUACUACCUUCCUCACCUCUUCCCCUCCUUCACCAAGCUCACCAACCUCUACAAGCCACUUUUAGACCUCCCCCACCACAGACCAAAGCCUCUGUAUGUCCCAGUGACCCGUAACAACGAGAGCACGUUCUGUACGAGGGACCAGUACCUAGCUCCCCGUGUGGCCUUUAUCACCUGGCUGGUCACCUUCUUCCUGGACAAGAAGUACAUCAGCACCGCCACCCCCAGCGCCAAGAACGGGACGAACGAGGUCAUCCCCAAACUCAUCCAGACUGUCACUGCAGGCAGUAGCAGUCAGGAGAAGGAGAGGGAUAAAGACCGUGGUGGUAGUGAGGGGGAGCCCAACGGCCCCACAGAGCCAGAGAAGAGCCACUCUAACAGUAGCACGCUGUCUGACCGGCGCCCCAGCGACUCCAGCCUGUGCAGCAUCGACGAGGAGCACCGCAGCGUCUACGACAUGGUGCACGCCAUCCUACUCUCCACACGGGACAACAUCAACUUCGUCAACGAGGUCUUCCACCAGGCCUUCCUGUUGCCCUCCUGUGAGACGUCAGCGACCCGGAAGGUGAUCAAGGUGUACAGGAAGUGGAUCCUGCAGGAGAAGCCAGGCUUCAUGACAGAGCCAGAGAAGAGCAGACAGGCUGAGGUGGAGGAGAACCCUGAGCAGCUGCUCAUCACUGAGACUGACAACACACACACACCGGUGUUGAAAAGUCAAAGUCAUGGUCACAAGCGUUCGUCCAGUUGGGGCAGAACAUACUCUUUCAGCAGUGCCAUCAGCCGGGGCUGUCUCACUGAGGAACAGAACAGAGACAUCAAGGCUGGCAUCCAGCCCACCCUGCAGGUGUUCCUGACCAACUCUGCCAACGUGUUUCUACUGGAGCCGUGCCAGGACGUGCCCAAACUACUGGACAACCAGGUGGAGGUGUGCAAGGGGGUGCUGAGCAUCUACCGCCACAUGAUCAUGGAGCACGCCAUGAACACACAGACAUGGCAGCAGAUGCUACAGGUGCUGCUGAGGAUCACUGAGGCGGUGAUGAAGAGGCCUCAGGAGAACCAAAGAAAAGACCCCUUCGCUGAGAGCCUGGCUGCCAUCCUCUUCAGGACGAUCAUCGUGGCGUGGGUACGGGCCAACCUGUGUGUCUUCAUCUCUCGGGAGCUGUGGGACGAGCUGCUGUCUGUGCUGUCGUCUCUAACAGGCUGGGAGGAGCUGGUGACAGAGUGGGCCAGCAUCAUGGAUUCUCUGACCGCUGUCCUGGCCCGCUCCGUCUAUGGCCUGGACAUGAGCAAUCUGCCCCUGGACAAACUCAGUGAACAGAAGGAGAAGAAACAGAGGGGACGGGGAGUGGUCCAGGACUCCCAGAAGGCAGCAGCGGUGGCCAGGUCAUUCUCUCUGAGCUGGAGGAACCAGGGAGACCAGCAGGGGGUCCAGGAGCCCAUGAGGUUCCGCAGCGCUACCACCUCAGGGGCCCCUGGCGUGGAGAAGGCCCGCAACAAUGUCCGACAGAAAGCCACAGCUAAGCGAAGCCAGUCUAUCAGCAGUUGUGUCCACCUUUAUGAAGCUUUGCCCGCUACUAAAAGCGUUCCUAUGCUGCUUCACACUGUGAGCUCUUUCUUGCCUGGUCUUUCCUCCUCUUCUGGUAACUCUUGCUCUCACAGGCUUUCAGACGUGGAGGAGGGCCAGCUGUCCGAGUGUGGGGGAGACGGAGACCUGGAGGCUGGUGACAGCCCUCUACCACGCAGCAGCAGCACCUCCGACAUCACACAGCAACUGUCUGACACCUUCCCAGGCCAUAAGAGAGCGUACUCCCCCAACAACUCCUGUGGCUCCGAUGGCAGGACGUCAGAAGGAAGGAGAGACGGCGACCCACCCUUGAUUUUGAUCCGGCGGAGCAGCAGUCCAGCUGAGCUGGACUACCCUGUAGAGGGACACAACACAUACACAAGGCUCCAGCUCCGGGAGAAAAGUGAGAGUGUGAGCAGCGAGACGUCCAACGGCUACCUGAACGACGCUGACAGCAGCCUGCUGGCUUGGCAGGCCUUUGAGGAGGAGGCAGACUUCCAUUCAGCCCAGAUAGGGGUCAAAGCAGACACAGAGAGCCAGAGGAACCUGCUGCUCAGCCACAAUGAGGCCCUUGCAGGUCCCGAGUGUGCCCUCUCUCCCCACUCCGCACCACUGUCUCAGCACCAGCACCCCCCCGCCUCGCCAGCUUUGCUCGUGCACCCUGAGUGCCGGGACUGCCCCCAGCUCCUGGAGGACACCAUGCAUCAGUCUAUGUUACACAUGCCUCAGGACCUGGACAGCAGUGAGUGUCUGACUGAUGAUGUCAGCAUCAUUGCAGGCGGGAGCCUGACAGGCUGGCACGCUGACUCAGCCUUUGUGCUCUGGAGGAGGAUUCUGGGUAUCCUGGGGGAUGUCAACAGCAUCCGCUGCCCCAGGAUCCACGCCAAGGUGUUCAGUUACCUCUACGACCUGUGGCACAAAUUGGCUAAGAUCCGGGACAACCUGGGCAUCAGUGUGGAUAACCAGUCAUCUCCUCCCCGCCCUGUCUUCAUCCCUCCUCUCAGAAUGCUGGCCUCCUGGCUCUUCAAGGCCACCAUGCUGCCAGCAGAGUUCAAGACGGGGAAGCUGCAGGCCUAUAAACUCAUCUGUGAGAUGAUGACUAAGAACCAGGACGUGCUGCCCAACAGUGACUUCCUGGUCCAUCUCUACCAAGUCAUGCACAAGGGCUUCACCAGCGAGGACCAGGACGUUCUAAACACAGUGAUCCGUUCCUGUUCCCCACGCUUCUUCUACCUGGGCCUGCCUGGCUUCACUAUGCUGCUGGGAGACUUCAUCACCGCUGCAGCACGCAUCCUCAGCCACGACACCGCCGAGGCUCCGAGGAUUGACGCACAGACCGUCCUUGGGUCGCUGGUCUGUUUUCCCAACCUCUACCUGCAGAUUCCUCUACUGCAGACUGUUCCUGGAACUGAUGACAUCGUCGUUGGGAACGAGGACAUUAAGGACUAUCUGGUCAACAUCUUACUGAAGACAGCACGGAAUGAACCCUGUGAGGCAGCCAGGUGUAUAGCUGUGUGUAGUCUGGGCCUGUGGGUAUGUGAGGAACUGAUGCAGAAUAAUAUUCACCACCAGGUCAAGGAUGCCAUCAAUGUACUGGGCGUAACACUAAAGUUUGGGAACAAGGCUGUGGCUCAUGUAGCCUGUGACCUGUUCCAGCUCCUCAUCUCUCACUGGGAACACCUCCAGAGACUAGAGCGCUCUCUCCCAAAGAAAAUCAUUGAGAUCUUUGUGGCUACUAUAGCAUUUCUGUUGCCGAGCGCAGAGCACUCGGCAGUGGAGGCUGACAAAAAGCUAAUGGUGUCUCUGCUGCUGUGCCUGCUGGACUGGUGCAUGGCCAUGCCCCUGAAUAUGCUGCUGGAGCCCAUCACCAUGCCCGUGCUGGAGGACUCCGCAUCCCACAAGGCCCCUCUGCUCGACUACAUCUACAGGGUGCUUCACUGUUGUGUCUCUGGCUCCAACCUGCACACCCAGCAGAGUCACUACCUCCUGAGCCUGUCUGACCUCUCCACUGACUACGACCCCUUCCUCAUGCUGGGCCAGGUCAAGAAUUCUGAGCCCCCGCCCUCACACACCGCUGCAGACUUUGGCAACCUGCUCACCGUUGCCGAGGAGAAGAAAAGACGGAAUAUGGAGCUCAUCCCUCUGACGGCACGGAUGAUCAUGACACACCUUGUGAACCACCUGGGCCACCAUCCCCUCAGUGGUGGCCCUGCCCUCCUGCACAGUCUGGUCAGUGAGAACCAUGACAACCCCUUUGUGGAGUCAUCAGAGCUCUCCUCUGAGGUGUUCAAGAGCCCCAACCUGCAGCUGUUUGUGUUCAACGACAGCACCCUGGUGUCCUACCUCCAGGUACCCUCAGAGCCCUCUGGUCCAGGGGAACCCCACGACAACUCCUCCCAGGUACGGGUCAUCGUCAGGGACAUCUCUGGAAAGUACUCCUGGGACGGAGGGGUCCUCUACCGCACCCAGGAUGGAGUCAACGGCAUGCAUCAGAGGACAUCAGACCACUCCACCACCAAGCCUACCUCACCAGGCACCUCAGACCCCUCCAACCACUCCACCACCAAGCCUACCUCACCAGGCACCUCAGACCCCUCCACCACCAAGCUCACCUCACCAGGCACCUCAGACCCCUACAACCACUCCACCACCAAGCCCACCUCACCAGUCACCUCUGAGCGCUCCAACCCCCCUGGCUGGGACUCCCAGUCAGGCUGUGAUGAGGAGGAGGCUGAUGGCCUGGACCAGCUCCUAGAAGACCUGGGAUACAGCAGCCCUGAGUGCCUGCCCCAGCCCCGGCUGAGGCUCAACCAGCCAGCCCCCUCUCCCUGUGGGAUGAACCUGGAGCAGGAGGGGGCCAUCAUGGAGGCCAUCCUCAGGCAGACGCAGCAGGAGGAGGAGCAGGUGAAGAGGUGGAACGCAGACGUGAGUGUCAAGGCCACCGGCCAGAGAGAACCCGCUCACCAGGAGCCCAAAGCUCUCUUCUACUUCUGCAGACUGCUACUCAAUGACCUGGGCAUGAACUCAUGGGACCACAGGAAAAGCUUUCAUCUCCUGAAGAAGAACUCAAAACUUUUGAGAGAACUGAAGAAUUUGGAUUCCAGGCAGUGCAGGGAGACACACAAGAUCGCUGUGUUCUACAUCGGAGAGGGUCAGGAGGACAAAUGCUCCAUCCUGUCCAACAGCGCAGGCAGUCGGGCCUACGAGGAUUUUGUGUCUGGCCUGGGAUGGGAGGUGGAUCUAGCCACACACUGUGGCUUCAUGGGAGGGCUUCAGAGGAACGGCAGCACAGGACACACUGCUCCCUACUACGCUACCUCCACAGUGGAAGUCAUCUGGCAUGUGUCCACACGCAUGCCGUCCAACUCGGACGACUGCCUCACCAAAAAGCUGCGUCACCUGGGAAACGAUGAAGUUCACAUAGUGUGGUCGGAGCACAGCAGGGACUACCGGCGCGGCAUCAUCCCCACUGACUUUGGAGACGUGCUGAUCAUCGUGUACCCCAUGAAGAACCACACGUUCUUCAUCCAGAUCAUGAAGAAACCACAGGUCCCUUUCUUUGGGCCUUUGUUCAACGGGGCCAUCGUAACUGGAACGCUGCUGCCCAGCCUGGUGCGCGCCACCUGCAUCAACGCCAGCAGAGCUGUCAAGUCCCGCCUGACGCUCUACCAGAGCUUCUAUGAGGAGCGUGCGCUUUACCUGGAGGCCAUCGUGCAGAACCACCGGGAGGUCAUGACCUUUGAGGACUUUGCCUCGCAGGUCUUCUCCCCUUCAACCAGCUACUACCCAAUGAGUGGGACAGGCUCUCUCAGUGGCAGCACGAGUGCUGAGCUCAGUGUUUCCGCAGGAACGGACCAUGUGGACCAGGUCUCUCCCACGAUGCCCCGUGCCACAAAGAACAGAGUUUCCGGAAAACUCCGCCGAUCAGCCAGCGCCAUAAGCAAAUCCUCCAACUGAGAUCUCUUGCCCAACCCACCCUCAAAACCUCCCGUUUGGCCUUCACUACCGGUCCUGUUUUAAACCGUCAUACUGACCCCUUAUGACUGCAGUUUGGGGGUGUGCUUUGUUUGUUUUGUUUUGUGUGUGUCGUUUAAACCUUUAACUGGAGCAUAUUGCACAUUUUAAUUUGUGGCAAUUAUUGAUUCUUUGAUACAUUUCCAGAUGUUUUGCUGUUGAACUGCAUAUUUGAGAUGAAGCUAUUGAAGUUUUUUCCAAUGUGGCUGCACUUUGUUUUGGAAGAAUCAAAGCUUCUUUUUAAUUUAUGACUGAUAAAUAGCACUACUCAGUACAGUGAUAAAACGAGGUAUGUAUAGCCAGGGACUGGAGUGAAAGAUCAUGUUAGGAGACUUGAAGUUGACCUAUCAUGAACAUUUCAAUAUUGUUUUUCCAUGCCAUAGCUGUUGAGCUGGUAGUUGACACUGCUGUAGAGGACAACUCUAAGAGGCUGAAAUGCUAGAGAAAUGGGAGACUGUCUUAGAUUGUAUUCUUGCGAAGAGAAGCAGCCGCGCAUAUAUAGUUAAUAUAUACUGUAAUAAAACAUUUCUUAUCGUCCAUAUGCAUUUUGAUAUGUCUGCCUUUUUGGUUUUCUCAUUGACCCCCCCCCCCCCUUGUGAUCCUGCUGUGUGAAACACUGAUGAUAGUCUUGCAAUGCUGUUGACAGGAUAGGAUGAUAUUUUUUAGGGUGGUGUGUUGUUGUUUGGUUUGUUAUUUGUCCUGGGUCUUGAGCCAUGGAAGCCUGUCUGUCUGCCUGGGUCAUACUCAUCCUCUUGUUGUGAGAGGAGAAAGGACUGCGUCAUAGGAGGUGCUGCUCUAGCAUAAUGCUGCACCGUACCACACACUUCCUGGUUACGGAGUGCUGUGAGUGUGUGCAGUAGGAGUCUGUUUUUAAUAGUUAUGAACCUGGAAUGGACAAUCAAUGAUGUCUUUCCAACAAGAGGUGAAUAAAAGCUUGUUUUUGUUUUUCUAUCUCUCUAAUGUCCUUUUUAAAUGGAUUCCGAUGGAUUUUGUCGUGCUUUGAUAUAUGCAACUCUGCUGGAAAUGAGAAAAUACUGCAUUUGUAAUUGUUUAGUGAUGUUACCCUGUUUAACCUGGGUUCAUAACCUGUAAUCCAAUAAGUUCCAUCUGUCUCUUCCUCUGCUAUAAUUUUCUUGUUGUCUUGUAAAGCUACAAAUAUGACAUUCCAAUGUCCCUCCAGAUGAUAUUUUCCACUCACUGUCAUUGAACACUGGCAUUGAAUGUUUUUUUCUCUUUAUUCUUGGAUGUAAAUUGCUUUAGAUUUUAUUUGAUGUGUUUGUUUCAGUGUGUGAGAGCAUGCAAAGUCAUAUUUGAAGACAUAUUUUGCUGUUGUGUUGUAUAAUGUAUACAUGUGCUGUUUAGAGGAAGACGUCGCCGGAGCCUCAGGUGAAUCUUAACUCCAUGCACUGUGUGUGUGUGUGUUUCUGAAGGAGCUUAUUGCAGUGCCUGUGUAAUAUCUGUCCACCAAUAUCCAUUCCUAGACCCCACCACUGUUAGACAUAAUUUGAUUUAUUUAGUUUUUCUUCAUUCCAAGAAGCAAAACGUGGACAGCUAGCUUUGCCUUCCUGUCUCACAUCUCUGUUAACUAGAGGGAGAGUGUUUCCCCCCCCCCCCCCCCCCCCCCCCACACACAUUUGACUGUAAAGGUUGUUCUAGUCCUCACAAGCGUUUUAUAUGAACAGAUUGACUGGGUUUGCCCCACUUUGUUUAGUCUAUUUGAGGAGGUGCUCUUUUCUCUCGGAAUUGGAAACAAAUGCCACCUCCUCUUUCCCAUGAUGCACCAUGAGUAACCUCAUGAGGCCGGUGAGGGUUUGGGAGUUAGAGGCAUACCAGCGCUGAGCUCUGGCGACACUCCUAGCAAUAGGCAGGUUGGCUCUGUGCUACCCACGCCCCCUCCUCCUCCCACCCAAACCUGCCGCUUUAGGUUGCCAUGGAAGCCAGGUGUUACAUACACAUGAUGGAGGGCUGCAACACUGUCCGUCUGUUGCACUACUUUACCUUACCCGUACAUCUCCAUUUCCUUUCAUUUUGUUCUCUCGUUUUUUUGUGUCUUUCUUUCCCAAGCACUGAUUAAUAACAUAGGAGGCACGAAUGUCGAGUUUGUUCAGAGAGAAUGAAGUCCGUUUUUUGCAUUUGAAGAAUGUAUGCAAAUACUGACCUGAGUCAGAUCAAUGGUCUCACUUUCCCAAUAGCCACUGUAAAGAACUACCCAGAUCUUUUUACUGAUCUUCUUAUGGAGUUUAGAUUGUAGAUUUGAUGUUGUGGAUGGGAUCCCUGUUAUAUAUGGGAGAAUAUGGGCCUACGGUGUUUGGACCAGGGUAAGGAUUGUGUCUUACUCAGACUGGUUCAACUCAUGUAAAGCAACAGAUUUAGUGUCAAUUCUAGAUUUUGGUUCAGGAAUCCUGUACAUUGUGUCAAAUUGAGGGCUCCAGUCCUUAUGAAUAUACAUAUAUUAAUGCCUGUAAUAUAAUCUUUGUAUAAGAGGAAGAGGACGAUUUCAUCAUUACUUGUUAACAUAUCAAACUGUUUUUAAUGGCAGAAGUCAUGCUAUCUUUAUUAGAAAUGUGAAAAUCGAAAAUAUUUCAUUAAAUCAAUUUGAAAUUC